UUCGUCAUGUCUGUCUCUGGAGCAGGCAAGAAUGAGAGUGUGUUUCACAAUAGCACGUGGUCACGGGUCUACAGCAACAACCCCGGUUUGAGACUUAGUGCUGAGAUACAGAUAGCUUUAUAUUCUAUCAUAUUCCUUCUAUCCGUCGUUGGCAAUGUGCUUGUAAUUGUGACAUUAAUCCAGAACAAGAGAAUGCGUACAGUGACCAAUGUGUUCCUUCUGAAUUUGGCGAUCAGUGACCUUCUUCUCGCCGUCUUCUGUAUGCCUUUCACGCUGGUACCGGUUCUACUAAGGGACUUCAUAUUUGGCGGUGCCAUGUGCAUAAUGAUUCGCUAUCUACAAGCAGUGUCCGUCGGUGCCAGCUGUUUCACCCUUGUCGCCAUCUCAUUGGAAAGGUACUACGCCAUAUGUCAGCCCCUCCACUCCAGAUCCUGGCAGACACUGUCCCACUCCUACAGGUCUCUAGCAGUGUGUUGGAUCCUGGCGGGCCUGGCAAUGACCCCUGUAGCCAUCUUCCAGCGCCAUGUGAGUCUAGCAAGGGGAAAACACGCGUGUAGGGAGGUGUGGCCGCACGUGGACUUCGAAAAAGCGUACACAGUAGUCCUGGAUCUAGGCUUGCUCAUUAUUCCCGUCAUCGUCAUGAGCGUGGCGUACGGCAGGGUCAUUACGACGCUGGCUACUGAUGUACGUACAUCAGACUGCUGCAAUUUCCAACUGCAAGAAAAAAGUGAUUCGAAUCCGCGGUUCGUCCUCCCUAACUACAGAACUCUUGAACUGCGCUUGAUGAACAGGGAGUCUGUGAGAAGCGUGUCCUCCCAGUCCUCCACAGAGGACGGAGGAAGCAUUACGCCUCCGUUACACAAACGGAACAAGAGGAUACAUAGAAUCAGGCACUCCAAUCCCCAGAAAAUACGUGAAAAUAAAAUCCGAGUGAUUAAGAUGUUGUUCAUGGUCGUGUUGGAGUUCUUCAUCUGCUGGACUCCUGUGUACGUCGUGAAUACAUGGAUGAUGUUUGAUUUCAGCAGUGCCAAAGAACAUCUCACGCCCUUGACAAAGACCCUGAUCCAUCUGCUGUCCUAUGUGUCUUCGUGCUGUAACCCUAUAACUUACUGUUUCAUGAACAAGAAAUUCAGAGAAGCGUUCGUGAGGGCCUUCAGAUGCAUGAAGUCCCCACAACCUCUGAAGGAUCGGAGGCGUAUGAUGAUUAUGCAAACAGGAUCCAGGCGAAGUGAUAUGUUUCAGCCUAUGUCUUCAACCUCAACUAGAGCCAGUUCUAUACGUCAGACCGAUUAUGACCAUAUUCAGGGAUCAGAUGACCUCACGGAGUUGGACUGACUAUCUAGGGGAAGGUCGCGAAUGCGAUCACUACAGAACAGUAUUACAAAACCUACAUCAGUGAUACAUAAGCUCAUCCUACGCAGG